CUUGUUGUUAUUUAUGCGGCAACAAGCAGGUACAACGCGUUGUUUUGUCAAUUGUUCUAGAACAUCAUUUGAUUUUCCGUGGAUAAAUACGUUUAGGAUGUUUGGAUUGAUAAUUUCGGGACGUUUGCCGCAAACCGACUUCACACCCGUGGAUGAGAAUAAGGUUGUUAUCAACGUACCAGACAUUGAUCAUGUGAACUAUAUUGUGGUAUUCUUGACUGGUGUAACAGCGCUUCCCGAAGGUACAGCAGCCGCGGUAUACUUUAGCUGGCCUGAUGCAAAUUCAGCUCCAACAUGGCAAUAUUUGGGCUACGUCUCCAACGCCAAACCGUCAGCGAUCUUUAAAAUAUCUCAGUUAAAAAAAAGUAAUGAACUGGAGGCAGCGGAAAACGGCAUGAUUUUCGGAGCACAAGAGAUUUCGUGUACUGCACAAAUUGGUAUAUCAGUGGAACCGGAGCUAACAAUUUCUCACCUAACGCCGGCAGUGCAAAACGCCAAUGCAAAUCUGCACUUUAGUCAAAAAAUGCUAGAAAGUUUUUUCAAUUAUGCGUCCAGUUUUACGGUGACUCCACAACAACUUCCGCCACUGAGUAGCGAAACUCUGGUGCCCCUGUCCACGUUACAAAAUUGGUACACAAACUUUCAGCGAAGAAUGGCUCAAAAUCCGAAUUUCUGGAAAUACUGAUU